AUGACCAUUCGAAGUCGACCCCAGAUGUUUGAUAUCCUCAUCAUUGGCUCCGGUCCAGCUGGCCUAAACGCAGCACUUACUUGCGCACGAACACGCACUACAGCUCUAGUUUUCGACUCUCAACAAUACCGAAAUGAAGGGGUUACCCACAUGCAUACAGUAGCGUCUCGCGACCACUUCAACCCCCGAGAAUUCGGACGCAUAGCCCGCGAGCAAAUCGAGUCUCAGUACGACAGCGUCUGGUUCCAACAGGCGACCAUCACCCACGCUACGAAGAAGCAGCUGGUCCUGCCACAGGAGAAAGUGCCGUACGAUGGGUUUCAAAUCACCGAUAGCGAAGGCCACUCAUACAAAGGGAAGAAACUCAUCCUAGCGACUGGCUCCAGAGACAUUCUCCCGGACUUACCCGGCUACAAAGAAAACUGGCCUUCACACAUCUACCAGUGUCUUGCCUGCGACGGCUACGAGCAGCGCGGAAGCGCCGUCGGGAUCCUAGACUUUAACAGCCCCAUGUACGCACACAUGGUGCAGAUGGCCCUUCCUCUUGACCCCAGCUCCAUAACCAUCUUGAACAACGGGCCUACAAAGCAAGAUGCAGCGAUCCACGACGCACUCAAACUUGCAAGAGGGCUCGGGGCCACCCUUGACGAGCGAAACAUAGUGCGUUUGGUCAACAAUGGACCGAGCCACACGGACGGCGUGACGGUGCACUUUGAAACAGGCGAACCUGUUACGCUCGGCUUCAUCGUGCACAAGCCUGCGACUGUGAAUCGCGCGCAGCAUCUCAUUGAGCAGCUUGGUGUGGAGACGGUCGACCCGGCAAUGGGUGGACAUGUCAAGAUUGCCAGUCCCAUGUUCAAUGAAACGAGCGUAAGGGGCGUGUUUGCCGCCGGCGAUACCAUGGUUGCCAUGAAGCAGGUUGCGAUUGCCAUGGCGGAGGGCUUGAAGGCGGCGGCUGGUGCGGGAAUGCAGAUUUUGCAGGAGAAUGCAAAGGGACUAGCGGAGGCAGAAAAAGUGGUCGGAGGUGAUGAGGAGAAGGAGAAGGUGGCUCCGUAA